AGACACGUGAGACACUGCUACGUCAUCACAGGCACGCGCAGGAAACAUGGCGGCGGUGGGUGUUGUGAGCGGGAGGAUUAUAUAUGAACAGGAAGGGGUCUAUAUUCACUCAUCUUGUGGAAAAACCAAUGACCAAGACAGCUUGAUUGCAGGAAUACUGCGUGUUUUAGAAAAGGAUGCUGAAGUAAUGGUGGACUGGAGACCAUUGGAUGAUGCAUUAGAUUCUUCUAGUAUUCUCUAUGCUAAAAAGGACUCCAGUUCGGUUGUAGAAUGGACCCAGGCCCCCAGAGAAAGAGCUCACCGAGGACUGGAGUCCCUGAAUAGUUACGAAGCGGAGUGGGACAUGGUUAAUACCGUUGCGUUUAAAAAGAAACCACAUACCAAUGGAGAUGCUCCAAGUCAUAGAAAUGGGAAAAGCAAAUGGUCAUUCCUGUUCAGUUUGACAGACCUGAAAUCAAUCAAGCAAAACAAAGAGGGGAUGGGCUGGUCAUAUUUGGUAUUCUGUCUAAAGGAUGACGUCGUUCUUCCUGCUCUACACUUUCAUCAAGGAGAUAGCAAACUACUGAUUGACUCUCUUGAAAAAUAUGUGGUAUUGUAUGAAUCUCCACAGGAUAAAAGAAUACUUCUUGUGAAUUGUCAGAAUAAGAGUCUCUCACAGUCUUUUGAAAAUCUUCUUGAUGAACCAGCAUAUGGUUUAAUACAAGCAGGACUGCUAGACAGAAGAAAGCUGUUGUGGGCCAUUCACCAAUGGAAAAAAAUUAAAAAGGAUCCUUAUACAGCAACCAUGUCAGGAUUUUCCAAAGUCACAAACUACAUUUUUGAUAGUUUGAGAGGCAAUGAUCCCUCUACACAUCAACGACCACCUUCAGAAAUGGCAGAUUUUCUUAAUGAUGCUAUUCCAGGUUUAAAGAUAAAUCAACAAGAAGAACCAGGGUUUGAAGUCAUCACAAGAAUUGAUUUGGGAGAACGACCUGUUGUCCAAAGGAGAGAACCAGUAUCACUGGAAGAAUGGAAUAAGAACAUUGAUGCCGAAGGAAGAAUUUUAAAUGUGGAGAAUAUGAAGCAGAUGAUAUUUAGAGGGGGACUUAGUCAUGCAUUGAGAAAGCAAGCAUGGAAAUUUCUUCUUGGUUAUUUUCCUUGGGACAGUACCAAGGAGGAAAGAACUCAGUUACAAAAACAAAAAACUGAUGAAUACUUCAGGAUGAAACUACAGUGGAAAUCUGUCAGUGAGGAACAAGAGAAGAGAAAUUCGAGAUUACGAGAUUAUAGAAGCCUGAUUGAAAAAGAUGUUAACAGAACAGAUCGAACAAACAAGUUUUAUGAAGGCCAAGAUAAUCCAGGGCUGAUUUUGCUUCAUGAUAUUUUGAUGACUUACUGUAUGUAUGAUUUUGAUUUAGGAUAUGUACAAGGAAUGAGUGACUUGCUUUCCCCUCUUUUGUAUGUGAUGGAAAAUGAAGUGGAUGCCUUUUGGUGUUUUGCCUCCUAUAUGGACCAAAUGCAUCAAAAUUUUGAAGAACAAAUGCAGGGCAUGAAGACCCAACUAAUUCAGCUAAGUACCUUGCUUCGAUUGUUGGACAGUGGAUUUUGCAGCUACUUAGAAUCUCAGGACUCCGGAUACCUUUAUUUUUGCUUCAGAUGGCUUUUAAUCAGAUUUAAAAGGGAAUUUAGUUUUCUGGAUAUUCUUCGAUUAUGGGAGGUAAUGUGGACUGAUCUACCAUGUAAAAACUUUCAUCUUCUUCUCUGUUGUGCUAUUCUGGAAUCAGAAAAGCAGCAAAUAAUGGAAAAGCAUUAUGGCUUUAAUGAAAUACUGAAGCAUAUCAAUGAAUUGUCCAUGAAAAUUGAUGUGGAAGAUGUGCUAUGCAAAGCAGAAGCAAUUUCUCUACAGAUGGUAAAAUGCAAGGAAUUACCACAAGCAGUUUGUGAGAUCCUAGGACUUCAAGACAGUGAAGUUACAACACCAGAUUCAGACACUGGGGAAGAUGAAAAUGUUGGCAUGAUUAGUUGUCCUACGUCUGUGUUCCAGAGUAAUUCCUUGCCUGUACAUGCUGCCAGUGGAACCAGAGAUGACAACCCAACACAGAUAUCAGUGUCCCCAAAUGUCAGCAGAUUAACACCUGCAUGAUCAUUCUUCUUGCUUAAUUUUUGAAGAGACACUCUGUUGCAACUCAUUUUUAAGUACUUGAAAGGUGGAAAUUUGAAAUCUUGGUAUUGAUCAUGCUUUAAGGUUUAUGGAAAGAAAGUGUACUGAUGUCCUUGCAUUAAAGCUUUACAAAGAUUUAAACUAAUUAUUUUUGUAGUUACUUCUACCAAAUAGCCUUUCCUUUUCAAUAACAUUCCUUAGUAUUUUUAUAGCCAAGUACAUGUUACUUUCUUGCUGAUGAACUGGAAUUGGACAAAUAUUGCAAGUGGAUGAGCUGAAAAUUAUGCACUUUGAAAAACAUUCACAUUGUUUACUCUCAGUUGAGUGGGUUUUGAAUUGAUUAAAUUAAAUGUUGAGCCUUUCUAUAGCAUUCUAAGCUGAGAAGUAGAUUGUUACCCAGUGACGAAAUAAAAUAUUUUUUUCCUGUUGUUUACAACAAUACUCAGCUGAAAUAUUUAUGCUGGUUCAAUAUGAUUUAAAUUGGACAUUUUCAUCAAUGCAGUUGAAUGUGUAGAUAACAAGCUAUUUCAACCAUACUAAGUGGAUUGGCAGUAUAUUUUUUACACUGAACUUUUCUUCACUUGUGUAUAAAGCUAUAUAAGUACGUAUUUAUGAGUAUAAGAAAGAAUAGCCAUAUUUUCUUUAACUGAAUAAACUUGACUUGAUUUAUAUAACCUGAUUUGAUGAAAUUAAUACAUAUCUUCAAUAUGAAAUCUUUUUCAAAACUAUUUUCUUAACCAAACAUUUAUUUCAUGAGACUACAUUCAACCCUGUACCUGGUAUAAUUUUAAAAUUAAUUGCUUGUAACCUCACUUUACUAAUAAUGUUUAUUAUCUUUCCUAAUAAUGCAUUAACUGAUUAAUCAGGUCUUCAAAUUUUUAUAAAAUACUCUUUGCAAAACGCUUGUCAGAAAUUUCAAGAUAUCAUGAGUCUCAAUACUUUUUUGUAUAUGAACGAAGCUAUUGUUUUUACCAUGCAGUGUUGCAUGAUUUUAAGUUAUGUGGAAUUAACAUAACUGAUUUCAUUUUAACUGUAAUUUGUUAAACCUGUACAUAUUAUUAAAAUAAAUUUGAAGUUGAAGU